AUGACUGAAACAUAUGAAAAUAAUGAAGAAGAAGUAGAGGCUUUAUUAGAUUAUUUAAAAAAAGACAUUGAAAAAGAUGAUUUAAAAACAAGAUACAAUUCUAUUGUUCGAUUGAAAUCAUUGGUUACAGAUCUUUCUUGCGCUAAAAUAACAGGAUCAAAGCGUGGAUUUCUUAUCUUGUUUCAACUGGCAUUUUCUAAUUCAACAAUGCAGCAAAAAUCGGCGAACGCUGCACGAUGCAUUUUCAAUACUAUGCUUCUUAACCCGGAUUCUAGAGACAUUUUUAUCGAGAAUAAUGGUAUCCAACAUAUUAUGAAAGAAUAUACGGAUUUUUUGAAACUACCCUUGAUUCAUGAAGAUGACUUUGACUUUAUGUUUAUAUAUACACGCAUUUUGUUUUUAUUAACGACACAACCAGGAAAAGCAAUAACGACAUUAAUGGAAUUAGGCAUUUUUCAAAUAAUUAAUCAAUACCUUGAGUAUUUCGAAGCAUAUUUAAAAUCUUCAGACGUAUGGCCAAAACAAAGUAUUUGCACUAUUCAAGAAUAUAUGAAAUUGCUUUUUAAUUUAGUACGGGGGGAAACCGAUGAGUCUUUAAUUAACAUACUUCCUCUUAUCAGACUUUUAAAUUUAUCAUUUUCGCAUUCUAACCUUCAACAGCUUACUUUUGAAAUCAUUAAUUGUUUAUUGAAUCUUCCAAUUACUGAACUUUUUAAUCCAGAAAAUCGCCCAGAGUAUUGCAUUGAAGAACUUCUUAAAAUCCUGGAUACACUUUUAUUAAACAUUGACUUAGGUAUUCAUUCGAAUGAUCAAUCUUCCUCUGUUAAUCUUGAUUCUGCUCUUGAAACGAAAAUUCUUUCUUUAAUAACUUUUUUUCGAAAGGUUCUUAAACAUUCGACAGAACCAAUUGAAGCUUUGUUAGCUUUUCACUUGUUACCUCAAAGCAAAGACCGUCAACAAAUUCUUGGAAGAGGUGAUACCCUUUCAUCUAGAGCUCUUAGAAUCAUGACUGUUCCAUUUCCAUUGAUUCGCGAAUCAAUUUCAUGGUUAUUAUAUGAACUUAAUCAUUCAGAUGAAACAUCUUUUAUUAAUAGUAUUGGCUUUGGUUAUGCCUCUGGUUUUCUUGUUUCUCAGGGUAUUCCUUUUACCUCUCCAGAUAGUAAGGAUUUUCAGGCGACAGAUGGCAUCAACCCCAUUACUGGACAAACACUUGAAGCAGAGCGUAUGGCACUUUCUAAUCUUCCUGAAAUGACAGAGGAAGAGAAAGAACGCGACGCCGAAAGACUUUUUGUUAUGUUUCAAAGGCUUGAAAAAAAUGGUAUUCUUUCUGUAAAAAACCCCAUCAAAGAUGCUUUCCAGUCUGGACGUUUUUCUGAUUAG